GUGUAUUUCGAGUGUGGAGGGUGGAAGUGCUGUGAUACAGUGAUUCAAAGUAGGCGUCUUGAAAAAUCUUAGCCUGUUCUCGUUUUAGGACAAAAUGUGGACAGCAAUAGCGUUCUUCGUAGUAAUUCUAGGAUUACUAGCUUACUUAGACACUAAAAAACCAAAAAAUUAUCCGCCAGGACCAAAGUGGCUACCAAUUAUAGGCUCUGCUUAUGUACUCUUAAAAAAGAGAAAGCAGUAUCGCAAUCUCUACAAAGCAACUGCAGUUAUGGCCAAAGAACAUGGACCUGUGAUUGGUUUGAAAGUGGGCAAAGAUUUGAUAGUCAUUGUGUACGGAAAACAAGCAAUUCGAGAAUUUUUAUCAUCAGAAGAUUUGGGUGGUAGACCGACAGGACCGUUUUAUGACAUGAGAACGUGGGGCGAACGACGAGGAGUUUUAUUAACAGACAGUGAAUACUGGCAGGAGCAAAGAAGAUUUAUUUUGCGUCAGUUAAGAGAGUUCGGUUUCGGCAGAAAAAAUAUGUCCGCGAUGAUUGAAGAAGAAACGGGAAUCAUGGUGGAAAGUUUCAAAAAAAUGCUGGCUGGGAAAUCUUCAUUUACCCAUAAUAUGGCGUCAGCAUUUAGUAUACACAUUUUAAAUACUUUGUGGAUGAUGAUGGCCGGGAUUCGAUAUAGUCCUGAAGACAAAAACUUGUUGAGUUUGCAAGAUAUUUUAGGGAGAUUGUUUUCUGCGGUCGAUAUGGUUGGUUGUCCCUUCAGUCACUUUCCUAUUUUAAAGUUUAUAGCUCCUGAGGUGUCCGGAUAUAAACUUUAUGUUGAAACACACUUGCAAGUAUGGGAUUUCUUGUAUAAAGAACUCACGCGUCAUAAGGAAACGUAUGAUGAAAAUAAUUUAAGAGAUUUUAUGGAUGUUUAUUUAAAAAUUUUAAAUUCUCCCAAUCGAGACGAAAGUUUUUGCGAAAAACAGUUGCUAGCAAUUUGUAUGGAUAUGUUUAUGGCUGGUUCUGAAACUACCAGUAAAAGUCUUGGUUUCUGUUUCCUAAAUCUGAUACGUUAUCCAGAUGUACAGAAAAAAGCACAGCAGGAAAUAGAUCAAGUUGUCGGUAGAGACAGACUUCCAACUCUGGAAGAUAGGCCAAAAAUGCCCUAUAUGGAAUGCGUAGUUUUGGAAGCUUUACGAAUGUUCUCCGGAAGAGCUUUCACAGUGCCUCAUCGCGCCCUCAGGGAUACACAUUUAAAUGGACACUUCAUCCCAAAAGACACUAUGGUAAUAGCAAAUUUGCAUGGAACUUUAAUGGGCCCUGACAGCGGCGUGGAAGAACCGGAAACAUUUAAACCGGAAAGAUAUUUAAAGGAUGGGAAAAUCACAUUAGCGGAGACAUACAUUCCAUUCGGAUUUGGAAAACAUAGAUGUUUAGGAGAAACGCUUGCUAGAGCUAACGUUUUCUUGUUUACUUCCGCUCUCUUACAGCAUUUUAACUUUUCAAUACCACCUGGUUGUCCACCGACAACUGAAUGUAUUGAUGGGGUCACUCCCGGACCUUUACCUUUUCAAGCACUUGUCACACUGAGGGAUUAAGUAAAUUAAUAUUGUUAAAAUACGUUAUAAUUUCAACAAAUGUGUUGAAUAUGUCAAGUCACAUAAAGUGCUAGUCUUUGUAACCCUACUUAAAUAUUUUAUUUUUGUAUUUUCAGAACAUUGUGCCAAUAAUAUAAUUUACAUUUUUUGAAAAUUAUUUUCAACAUGAAAGUAUCUGGUAAUUUACUAAAAAUCAUAAUGUAUACAUAUUGUGUAUAAAAGUAGCCUAAUAAUUAUUAUGUGUAAAUU